AUGAGGUGUCUGGAAUUAGCUUCGUCUCCUGUGUGUGGUCACACACGCCAAGACUUCACAGGGCGUGACCACAGGCCCCUGUGCUGUCCCAGCUUCGGGGUGUGCACGGACCCAGGAAAAACUCAGUAUUUGGGGUCUCCUCUCCUCUCUCCUGCUGAGAGAGCGAAUCCCGGCCUUAGACUUGAUCUGCCCUCCAGCCAGAGACCUCCGUUGUUCCUCCUGUUGGAUCUGAUAACAACAAAUGCAGAACUUCCAGCAACCAGUUGGUUUGAACAAGAGGAUGGUGAGCAGUGGGCCGCGAGGAACAAACGCAGGAACAGACGCCAAAGCCCAAGCACACGUGAUUCGCAUUUAGAAGAACUGGAAAGAAGCCGAACCCACCUGCCCGCCUGCCCUGCGUGCCUGGGCAGGGCCAUCGACCCAGAGCGUCUAGGGUCUGCUGCCUGGGGGCUCCCGGCAGGAAAGAGUCAUAAAGCGAUGGCGGGUGACAGUUCCCAGGUGAGGAGAAAGUUCUGGAGUCCUGGACAUGGGCCCUGGGAUAACACAGCCUGUCAGCGACCCCUGUUUCGUACCUGUCUUCCAUCUCCAUUCUGCAGAGGGACCAGAGAGAUGAUUCCAGAAGUGCUGCCAUUGCUGGUAUGUCCGUCCCUCCCUCUCUGGUGCUGGCGCCUCACCUUCUACCCUCCACUGUCUCUUCAUCCAUCUUUCUCCUCUUUAUUUUUGUCCACCCUCAUGGCUGUCAGGGGGCUCUUGGGUCAUCUUUGUCAUCAUAAACUCAUGGGUUCCAAAGUGUGCUCUGUGGAACACUACUUGAGAACGUGCCUCAAAAAAAAAAUGGAUCCCUGACCAACUGCCAGGAAUGGCGCACGCUGUGUCCCUCGUGGAGAUUCUCAGUUCGUGUCACCUAUUGAGAGCUCUGAAAAAUUCCAUAAUAAAUGGUUUAACAUUGUUUAACUAGUUUUUCCCAAAACCUUUUUGAUCAUGGACCCUUUCCUAUGAACUCCCAAGGAACACCUAUCAGCAGGGUUUGGUGAACCACACUUUGGGAAAAGCUGGCAUGAACAAUGUAUUAUUUGUAGAAAUGCUGUGAAGUCAAAUUCGCUUUUGAGAAAUCUGGCAUCAAAGGCCUAUGGAAAAAUGUGUGUGCUGUGCUUUAAUGAAAGUAUGACAUUCGUGUAGAUCGGAGGUCCCCACCCCUUUCACCACAAAAGAUCCUUUUUAGUUCUUUCCUCAAGGGAUUCCAUGUUUCGAAAGCUUUUAUCUACCCAACAAACUACAUUUAUUGAAUAAUAAUUUGUCCUUUGAGUUUUAUUCAUCAAAGACAUAUUGCUGCCAAUUAGUGCUUCGGAUCAGCCAAGAUAACCACUGUUACCACACAGAGUUGAUAUGACUCCAGCCCAAAGCAAAUAAACUUAAUGUUUUAUUUAGUCUGGGAACCUCACUGAGGUAAAUGUAUGAUUUCCUUUGGGCUUUUUGAAAUCUUGAAAACAGCUUACAGACCCCUUGCUGCCUUCCCAGAGUGCAGGGUGGGUGGGAAGCAGGACUGUGUGUGGAAACCCAAGGAGGACAUACAUGGUUGGGAGGCAGGCAGGGAGGCAGAGGUUAUUGGGGCUGCCCACGGACAGCGAGGACAGCCGCGGGCCGGGGGUGGGGACAGUGUGAAGCGGCUACAGUCCCUGGGAAGCCCGAGGGUCCAUGGAUUAUGCGGUCCAGAUCUUGAAGAACAGAGGAGAUGCCUAAGGCACGCACGUGGGGCUCCCCAAAUGUGGGCAAGAACCUGGGCAAAGCGUAUGUACCCCUGUAGCCAGGUACCCGGAAGAGCUGGGGAGGAGGCCGGGGCCCAGGGGACGGCAGGGUGGGGUGGGCGCUCUGCCGGCUGUUCUUCCCGGGCCUCCCCAUACCUGGUAGUUUUUAUCAUGAGCUACUAGGAGGUGAGUGAACUCAGUUUGGCCGCCCUCGUGGUUUUUUGUUUGUUUGUUUUUUCGGUACGCGGGCCUCUCACUGUUGUGGCCUCUCCCGUUGCGGAGCACAGGCUCUGGACGCACAGGCUCAGCGGCCACGGCUCACGGGCCCAGCCGCUCCGCAGCAUGUGGGAUCUUCCCGGACCGGGGCACGAACCCAUGUCCCCUGCAUUGGCAGGCGGACUCUCAACCACUGUGCCACCAGGGAAGCCCACCCUCGUGGUUUUUGAUGGAGCCCUUGAGGGUUCGAGGCCCCUGAGGUACCGCCUUCUGCUCUGCGGCUGGCUCCCUCCUACCCCGGAAGAGCCUCGUGCGGACCUAGCGGCCGGCUCCCGUGGGAGACGGUGGGCAUCCCGGAGCUCGGCCUCAGACGCCGGGGUCCGCGGGCUCCUGACACAGAGGCUCUCCUGGUGCGUUUGAAAUGGGAUCAGGUGCCCCGCGAUCCGGUCUCCACUGGACGUUGCACAAGAGCUGUCGGGGCAGCUGUGGGUGUAGCGGGGUGGCCCCAUUGCCUGCAGUCAGAGGGGGCUCCUCUAUGGGAGGGAAGUGCUCAGGCCAAGCCCUGUGCAGCCCGAACCGGCCUCCAUGGGCCGGCCGCCCAGCCCUGUCCAGACACGGCCGUGGACCUCAACACCAGCCUUGCUUCUCAGCUCUCUCCUCUCAUCAGCCAGGACGUUUUCACAGAAGAUAUACAAUCUGUGCCUGGCAGAAGCCCGGUUGCAAAAAUAAAUCUUUCCCUGAACAUUUUCCAGGCCCAUUUUAGAAACAAAUCUGGGCGAUGCCUUUUACUCAUUUCCAAAGACAAACAGCCGACGCCUGAGGCGUCUAUUCGCGCAGAAAUGUUUCGAGAAUGGGGGAUGGGAUCUGCCCUCAGAAGAGCCCACCCCGCUUUGAGCGGGGAGGGUGAGCAGCCCUGCGGAUUGUGCCCCCACCAAACCGCUGCCGGGGUCUGGGGACACAGGUGGGAGGGAGCUCACAGGCCUGGGCUCCAGAAAGGUGCAGCCUCGCAAUGGGGGCCUCGCCCUCCCCUCCCCCUCC